AUGCUCGUGGGACAGACAGCAGGGACCUUACUCGAGACACUGCGCAGCGGCUUAAGUAAUAGCUCUUACAAUGCGCCUGACAAGGCUUCUCUGCGGAAGGCGGCACAUUCGCUAGCGGAGCUUUGUAAGCAGGAUGAGUAUAUCGAUGAAGUGGUGUUCGAGGGCGCCAUUGAAGUCGUCGUGCCGUUGCUAAACGCUGGCGCUGGCGGUGUGCGAGACCAACAGCUGGACGAAGGCCUCGGUGCUACCGGCCCAAGCAUGCAGGAGGAACUUGACAAGGAGCUUUGUUUCAUCCUCGGCCUGCUUGCGGUGAAGCCCGAGUACCAAACGCGCAUCGCUCAGUCCGGAGCGCUUACUGGUCUUGUGCGUCUUCUAAAAGAGCACAAGCUGACUUCCAUUACAAAACCUCAGCCGGGCAGUGGUGGCGUGGCGCGCCGUGCUGCGGACGCAAUUACAAACCUGGCACACGAGAAUGUGGAAAUUAAGAACAUGGUUCGUGAGCAGGAUGGUAUUCCUCCCCUCGUGGGGCUGCUGGAAGCUAUGGACGUGAAGGUCCAGCGAGCAGCCUGCGGAGCCUUGCGCACGCUGGCGUUCAAGAAUGAGCAGAACAAGAACGUCAUUGUCGAGCAAGGUGCCCUGCCCACCCUUAUCCAGCUUUUGAGGUCGGAGGACAGCGGCGUUCACUACGAAGCUGUGGGGGUCAUCGGAAAUCUGGUGCACUCCUCUCAGCACGUCAAACUACGGGUGCUGGAGGAGGGCGCUUUGCAGCCGGUGAUCAAUCUACUGAACUCAGACUGCCCGGAUAGCCAGCGUGAGUCGGCACUGCUGUUGGGACAGUUCGCCACAGCUGAUCCAGAUACUAAGGCGAAGAUUGUUCAGCGUGGCGCGGUGCCGGCGCUGGUUCGUAUGCUGAGCAUGCCGGACGUGAGCCUCAGGGAGAUGGCGGCUUUCGCCCUCGGGCGCUUGGCUCAGAACGUUGACAAUCAGGCUGGCAUUGUGCAGCUCGGCGGGCUGCCGCCAUUGCUGGAACUGCUGGAGUCGAAGCACUACAACUUACAGCACAACGCAGCCUUUGCGCUGUAUGGUCUGGCGGAGAAUGAGGACAACAUCCCCGACCUCAUUCGCGAAGGUGCCCUGCAGAGGCUAGAGGACUGCAAGGAGAAGCUGCAAGCCUCCAAGGAUUGCGUUCAGAAGACCAUCAACCGUUUGGAGCAGAAGCUGCGCCCUGACAACACUGCUGCACCCAACCUGGCGGCCGCCAAACGGGCACUGCAGUCCAUGGUGUUCCUGCUGCGAUCAAACACAAAGACGGUGCAGCAGCGAGCAGCCAUGAGCUUAGCACGACUGGCGCCGGAUGAGCAGCUCAAGGCCAUUUUCAUUGAUAAGCGGGGCAUUGAUGUGCUGCUGGACAUGCUAAUGGACCCCAAUGUGUCGCACCGCUCACACCGGGAGGCGGCCGCGGCGCUCCUGCAGCUGACGAAGAAGCUGGAUGCGCAUUUGCCUGUAGUGGACCAGCUCCCGCAGCAGCCGGGUCGCGCCGAACGGUCCGUGUACCUGGGCUCCGAAUACGUGAACAACCCUACUCUGGCGGACAUCACCUUCAAUGUGGAAGGUCGCAAAUUCUACGCGCACCGCAUUGCAUUGCUGGCCUCAUCGGAGGCCUUCCGGGCCAUGUUCAGCGGGGGUUACAGGGAGAAGGACGCGGACAGCGUGGACAUCCCCAAUAUUUCUUGGCACGUGUUUGAGGCGAUGAUGCGAUUCGUGUAUACGGGGCAGCUCGACGUGACUCCGGACAUCGCUUUUGAGCUGUUGCAGGCCUCAGAUCAGUAUUUGCUGGAGGGCCUGAAGCGGCUGUGUGAGAACUCUAUCGCGCAGUCCCUCACGGUGGAGAGCGUCAUGUCUACGUUCGAGUACAGUGAACAGUUUUCGGCGCCGCAGCUGGGUCGCCGCUGCCUCCUGUUCAUCCUGGAGAUGUAUGAUGAUGUAUCCAAGGUGUACGACAACACCAAGGACCGGGCCUUCUACUUUGAUUGUUUGCGCCGCAUGGUGCCAUGCCUCAAGGACUCGCUUUAUUGCGGCGCGGGCCCAAUAUGGGACAACUCCGCUCUUGGGCAGGCGGCCGGGGCUAGCAGCGGCGGCGGUGCGAUGCAAACUGGCACACAGGUGCAGGUAGGCAGAGGGUUGCAGGCCGAAGGAGGGGGCUGA